GGUUUAUUCUCUGAAUAAACAAGAGGUAUUUUUUAUUUUAAAAGGUAAAAAAUAAUACGCAAACAAAAGGUGUGAAUUUGAAAUUUUAAGACACUGUAUCUUAAUUAUGAAAUUAAGAGAGUAAACAAAGAGGAACUAAUUCAAUUUUGAUAAGCUGUCUACACUAACAAAAAAACGCUUAUUUCAUUACAUUUAGGAAUUGACCAAUAUACCCCUAAAACUAAUAAAAAGGUUUUUGUUGAUAUGCUGCGACACCAGACAAGAAAAACACACACACAGCACGCCUCCAUUCUUCUCUCGUCGGCUCGAUUCCCGAUUGCUCGCCGCCGGAUACCAUCGCACCCCACAGAUUCGAUUCAGAAUGUUUUCGGGUUCAAGAAUGUCUGCAAGCGGAAAAGGAGCAGCCUUGGAACUACGUUCUCUUGUGUUGGCGUUUGGUGUGAAGCAAAAAAUCGGGUGGACAUCAUACCCAACGAACUAGGAUAGAAAAUCACGCCAUCUGUCAUAGUGUUUGAUGAUGAGAAAAUGAUGGUAGGCAAUGCUGCAAAGUACUAGAUGGCUCGGAACCCUAGUAACAUUGUCCUUGAUUUUUGAAGGCAAGGUAGUGUGGUGCACCCACCAGUGCAAUUCACCUAUCAGAGAAAGAGGACUAAAAAGAUUCCAUUUAUGGAGGGGACCACAGACACUCACGAAAGCACUGCAAGAUUGGGGCAUGGUGGUCUUUUUAACACUGGUGAAGCAGAGUGAAGAAUCCAUGGAAGUUAAUGCACUUGGAACAAUACCAUUGGCCACCAUUGAAAAGUUCAACAAGAUUGCUUUUGUGUUCAAAUUUGUUCUCCUAUUUCAGUCAAAUCCUUCUUUGAUCCAAAGCUCAUGUUAAUUUUGGGCAGAAAAUAUCAAAACAAGCUCCUUGAAAUGAUUGAUGACAGGGGGACUUGUACAAGUCUGUUAAAAUUGAUGACUGUUUCUGGAGCUUAGAGGAUCAAAAACCAGUCUCCAUUCUUUUAACAAAACAGCAUCAAAUGGAAUGGUGAACCUGAAAUUGACACUCAGAAAGUUGAACCUGAAAACAGUAAUCCAUGGGAUUUAAUAGGAAUCGGAAUCCAAUUCCAUUCCAGUCAUUCUUUUGGAUGCAAGAUAUGUAGGAAUGGAGAAGAUGUAUGAUGAAAUGCAAAAUAUGAUAGGAAAUUGAGAAUUUUGGUACAUUAUCUUAUGAAAUCAAAUAUCAAUCAAUGUUUAACUUUAGUAUUUUAAUGUUAAUGUUUGUUUUGGAUUUUAACUUUAGUAUUUUAAUGUUAAUGUUUGUUUUA